AAAAAGGCAGCUGUCCUUGUGCCGUUUUGUAAUGUUAAUCGCGUUCCUUCAGUUCUCUUCACAGUUAGGUCUCUAAACUUGUCCAAUCACAGUGGUCAAGUAAGUUUCCCGGGGGGCAUGUACGAUGAAACUGAUUUAACGAUUUUUGAAACCGCUCUAAGGGAGUCUGAGGAGGAGAUUGGCUUAGAUAGGAAUAGAAUUCACAUACUAGGAGAACUUGCACCGAUGCCAAGCAGAAACUUUGAAACGCUAGUCACUCCUGUUAUAGCUUUUUGCUCCGAUAUAGAAAUCGAAUCUCUGAAGAUUAACUAUACAGAGGUACUUGAAGUUUUUUCAUGCUCUUUAGAAUCUUUGAUGUUGAAAACAAAUUGGGCUUACACUACUUUUAAUACCAAUUCCGUAAUAUAUAAGUUGCCUGUUUGUUUAAACCAAAAACACAAGAUAUGGGGUUUGACUGCUUUAGUAUUACAUCAGACAUUACAUAUUUCAUUUCCACAGCACUUUCCUUUUAACUUUAGAUUGUUGAAAUAUUACUAA